GCCAUCUCAAAAUCCCAUUUUUCCGUCCAGAUAGAACUCAUUCAACUCAUCUACCACACACCCAAAGCUUUAGACAUCAGGGAUUGUUUACCCUUUGUUGACUCGCCAACUUUGCCAGACACGAACAUGAAAUACGCCACCGUCAUUUUCUCCCUCCUCAUGGCCGUCGUGUUGGCCGCUAGCCUUAACAACGCUGGCCCGGGCGUCGUCGCCCGGGACAAGAUCGAAGGCGAAGUCAGUGAAUACAGUGAACACCACCACAGAACGAACGGCACGGAGCAUGAGGACAUGGACGGCCUGGAGAAGAGGAAAAAGAGAAAAUGGGGGUCUCCAGGCACCAGCCACCACCAUAACAAGCAGCACAACACCACGUCGGACGCUACUUCCCUCAUGAAAGUCAACAUGGGGGUUCUGGUUGCUGGUAUGGCCGGGGCGGGCGUUGGUGCUAUCUUUCUCUGAGCUGGCAGGGGCAAAUGUACAGAGCGCAGAUACCAAGUUCCUUUACCCAAAGGGCAUAUUACAUUCAUUAGGAGCGUUCGACGCGGGUUAGGAUAGGCGUGCAAGUGGAUAGAUAACGUUAUCUGGUCGGUCAUUCUUUGGGAGAAAAAAGCCUUCUGACCAUAGCGGGAUAGUAAAGUAGCCUGGGGUGCAACAAAGAUGAGGGCGUGCCAGGGAUUCGGACCUCGGUGUUUGGAUGACUGGACGGCGUUUUG